GCAAAUUUUUUGGCGGCGGUGGGUAGGUAAAAAUAUGGCGGCGGGUAAAAGCCAAUGUGAUAUUGUACAGUGGUAGGCAAUACAUAUAAAACUUAUUCAAAUAUUCAAUAAAUAUAUCAAAAUCCCAAAAAAUUCUUAUGCAAUUUGUAUUUUUUUAGUGUUUCUUUAAACAAACUAAAAAGUAUUCCAUAUUAGGUUAUUGCCAAAACAAUGAAAACGAAUAAUACCGGACAAAAUAACAAACAAAAUUCCCCAUUUCCACGACAGCCGGUUCUACGCACCGGAAUGACCCGAUUUCACUCGACCAAGGGCUGUUAACUCAGCAAACACUGCUGCUACAACAACUAACAAAAUUCCCCAAGAAGUUUCUUGUGUGGCAAGCCAUUUGCAGUGUGGCAAAAAUAAUUUGAGACAGAAAUAUGUAUUACGGAGUGUCUACAAAUACGGCUUUUACCAUUCUUAAAGUAGCACAUAUUUCUGGCCCGAUUUGCCAUCAUGCUUCUGGUCCUUAAAUGGUAUUCAAUUUUUUUUCAUAAUAACUCCAAACGAUUUAAUUCUUUUAACUAUUUUUAAUUUUAACCUAGAUUUUACUUACAGCGUUUCUUGUUUUCGUACAUGUAGACAUCAUUGAUUCUUGGCGCCUUUUUAUUUACUUUUUUUCUCUAUUAAACAGAUUUGUUGUUUUUAGAUUUUUGUUUAUAAUUUAUUUGUUUUAUUGUUAAAGAUACCUUAAUUAUGUUAAAAAAUUAAUAUUAAUAACUACGUCAGUAUUAUUUAAAUGCUCCAGGCAUGUAUUCACCAAAAGCUGUAUUGUCUUGUCCAACGGACUUCGACUUUCCCUUUACACCCUAUUCCAUACAACAACAAUUAAUGCAGGAAUUGUAUCAGGUAUUGGAAAAGAAACAAAUUGGUGUUUUCGAGAGUCCUACGGGAACUGGUAAAUCAUUGACACUCACUUGUGCCGCUCUCAAAUGGUUGGAGGAUCAUGAGCAGUUGGUGAGACAAGAGCUACAACAGCGUUUGGAGGCUGUGCAAAAAGAAGUAUUAAAGUUGGAAAAAGAAUCUCAGGAGGUCUCGGAUUGGAUAACCAUGCAUUCCAAAACGUCACAGCAACGCCAAGAGUUAUUAGAGUUAAAGGAUUUGAAGAAACUUUUGGAUGAAUAUGAGGAGAAAUUAAAUGAAAUUAAAAGUAAACAGAAAUUAUUGAAACAAACUCGUUCAAAGGGCAUAAAAGUAAAUAGGGUGGAGGAAACUCAUGCAGCAGAUAUGCAAGAUGAUGUCAAUAUUUUACUAGAUGAUUCUAAUUCGGCUGAGCAUGAAGAAAGUUUCGAUUUGGGUGAAAAACGUGAAAAAUACCGCGAUGUACAAAUAUUUUUCUGUAGUCGUACUCAUACACAAUUGGCCCAGGUGGUACGGGAAAUAAAACGUACUAAAUAUGGCGAGCGUAUACGUUGUGUUUCAUUAGCUUCGCGUCAACAAUUGUGUAUACACAAACAGUUGCGUAAAAUAAAUAAUACCGCACUGAUUAAUGAAAAGUGCUUGGACAUGGCCAAAGAGUCCAAGACAAAUGUUAAGGCUACAUCUUGUGAUACCGAGGGUUGUGUGCAGAAAAAAGCUAGGAUAUCGCAAGAAAAGUCGGGCUUAAAUAGCAUAACGAAAUGUGGAUUUAAAAAUCAAUCAUUAGUUCAAGAUUUAAGUGAACUGUCAUUGGUGGAUAUACUAGAUAUAGAAGAUCUGGUAACAGAGGGUGAACAGCUACAGGCUUGUCCAUAUUAUGCUGCCAGAAAUGCCACCCACUUGGCUCAAAUAGUAAUGUUGCCCUAUCAACUUUUACUGCACAAACGUACGCGCCAACAAAGUGGCAUUGAUCUUAAGGGUGCCAUUGUGAUCAUAGAUGAAGCCCACAACCUUUUGGACACCAUCUCACAAAUGCACAGUUCAGAAUUGAGUUUACAACAGUUGCAAACUGCACAUCAACAAAUAUUGGCCUAUAAAAUGAAAUAUUCAUCACGUUUCAAUUCUUCCAAUUUAUUGUCCAUAAAUCAAUUGCUGUUUGUAAUCAAAAGAUUGAUAAAGCUCUUAAAAUCUUCUAGUGGCAGUGAUAACACCAAAUCCUCCUUCCGCAUGCUUUGUACUUAUGAGUUAAUGUCCGAAGGUGAUUUCUUUAAUAUCGACCUCUAUCAACUCUUGCAAUUUUGUGAAAAUUCCCGUUUUGCUCAAAAACUUCAGGGCUUUGCCAAACGUUUGGCUGCCCAACCAAAUCCAAAUGAAAAUCAACCUCCCGCCAGUGGCAAAUCGGCAGCUAUAGGUCUUCUGCAACGUUUGCAAAAGGAUCACACGGAAAAGCAUCAGAAAUCUUCUAAAAAUAAACUGGAAGAAUUAAAUACAAAUUCCGAUACGCAGCCGACUGUUAAGGAAAAAACUAUUUACCCAGUAACAUCACCUAUUAGGCCGCUAAUUGCCUUUUUGGAGUCCUUGUGCGAAAAGUCUGAUGAUGGAAGAAUUUUAAUAAAUAUUGCUGAUGAAUCUGUUAAGAAUUAUGAGUCUCAAACUAGCUUUAAGUAUAUUUUGCUGAAUCCGGGAGCACAUUUUCAGGAUAUUGUUAAGCAAGCAAGAGCGAUCAUAGUUGCUGGUGGUACUAUGCAACCAACGGCAGAAUUAACCGAACAACUGUUUCACUCUUGCCCAGAACGUGUACAAUUACGUUUUUACGAUCAUGUUGUACCAGAUGAUGCUGUGCUACCAUUUGUGGUAACAAAAGGGCCCAGAGGAAAAAACUUAUGUUUUAACUAUGCUCAGCGAUCAUCUAACGAAAUGCUAUCGGAUCUAUGCACUGUCCUAGAAAACUUAUGUAAUGUAGUACCAGCGGGUUUGGUAUGUUUUCUACCAUCCUACGACUAUUUGGAUACAGUUUAUGCACAACUACAGAAAACUGGAGUUUUACAAAGAAUUUCCAAUAAGAAAAGAGUCUUUAGAGAACCACGCAACAUCACGAGCAAUGACAGUGGUACGGGAAGUAGUGGCGAAUCUUGCCAAACCGUGGAACAGCUAUUAAACGAUUAUUCCAAGGCAAUAAAACACAAUCAAGGUGGUGCUUUGCUGCUGAGUGUAGUGGGUGCCAAACUAAGUGAAGGUCUUAAUUUUGCCGAUGAUUUAGGCCGUGGCGUUAUAGUUGUAGGCAUGCCAUAUCCUAAUCGCAAUUCACCGGAACUGCAAGAACGCAUGUCCUAUUUGGAUACUACUUUGGGUCCGGGUUCCGGUUCCGAAUAUUAUGAGAAUCUUUGCAUGAAGGCUGUCAAUCAGUGUAUUGGUCGUUCGGUGCGUCAUAUUAGUGAUUAUGCCUGUGUGUAUUUGUUAGAUGAACGUUAUGCUCGUGAGAAUAUACAACGUAAAUUGCCACAAUGGAUUUCGAGACAUUUAAAAGUUGCCACCACUUAUGGCCAAGUGCAGGGUGGCACUGCUAAGUUUUUUAAGCAGAAAAAGGUGUAAUGUAUUAUUUUUAUUAUGGUGUAACUUUUUUUUAUAUUUUUUAUGUACUUUUUAUAUACUCUUAUAUCAUGUAGAAUGUAAUUAUGUUGUGAUUUAUACUUUUGUAUAUAUUUAUUUAUUAAUUCUAGGAAUAAAGUUUUUUAUGUU